AUGGAGCAGCAACGAGGAAUCUUCCAUAAAACAACUCUUGAUUCGACCACUUUACAGCAAAACACUUUCCAUACGACCACCCUUGCGGGCACUAAACGAUCAUAUACUAAUGUUCCUAAGACUGAGCAACAUGUCUCUGUAACCAAAGGCGUUGCAGUCGAAAGGCCGCUUCAAUUUGAGAGGGUAUCGGCUACGGGCAAGCAAGUUCCUGGACUCGCUGCUAGCGAAAUCAAGACGAUAGACCCUGAUACUGCUGGGCAACUAUCCGAGUAUUCUCAGCGUCGAAUAAUUUCUGCUACGCCUACAUCAACCAUCGAUCGGUCACUCUCCCUAGCCUUCCCGAGGUAUGGCCUGCCUCCAUCAUUAGUAAAUAAUUUGGAAGCUCUCGGCAUAAAGUAUAUUUAUCCUUGGCAAAAGCAAUGCCUGCUGGGGCCGGGUCUCUUGGCCGGGUCCAAAAACUUAGUCUACACGGCCCCAACCGGGGGCGGAAAAUCCCUCGUCGCUGACAUUCUGAUGCUGAAAAGAGUUUUGGAAGAUAGCAAUGCCAAAGCCUUGCUGAUACUGCCCUAUGUAGCACUGGUCCAAGAGAAGGUUCGAUGGCUACGGAACGUUGUCCAGGAUAUUAAGCGCGGGUCUUCUGACGAGAAAACCCCCGAAAGGGAAGAAAAUUCGCAUUGGCAAAGGCGGCCCGAUAAAGAUGCCAUCCGGGUUGUUGGCUUUUUCGGCGGCGGGAAGGUCAGGGCGACGUGGGCGGACUUUGAUAUCGGGGUUUGCACGUUCGAGAAGGCAAAUACACUCAUAAAUACUGCCAUUGAUGAUUGCACCAUCACCAAUUUGAGGGCUGUCGUGCUCGAUGAGCUCCACAUGAUAGAGGACGACCACCGUGGCUACCUGAUGGAGCUUAUUGCUACGAAGCUUCUGAGUCUAGAGAAUGGAUUACAGAUUAUUGGCAUGAGUGCAACCCUCUCUAAUAUCGAUCUAUUAUCACGUUGGUUAGAUGCCCAUAUCUAUAGCACAUUUUAUCGACCGGUACCUAUCGAAGAGUACCUCGUUCACGAAGGCAAAAUCUAUCCAGCGUCAUCGACAAGUGGUCUCCUCAAGGCAGCCAGUCAGCUUGCACCAGAUUCUGGACCAAGUCAAUCUCAGAAUCCUCCUGUUAGAGAAAUUCGGCCAAGCCUACACAAGGAAUUUAAAGAUCCGGUGCUAAAUGCCGUGGUUGCGUUGGCGGUGGAGACGGCGAAGUCGGGCUAUGGCGCUCUCGUAUUUUAUGGUUGCGAAUCCGAUGCGCGACUUAUUAGCCGCACAUUAUAUGAUACACAAUAUAUUGAACCUGCUAUAAUCGAGAAAAGGCUAGAUCUCCUGGCAGAUCUCCGUAGUCUCAGUACAGGCCUCGACCCAACUUUUGCAGACACAAUUCCAACCGGCGUUGCGUUCCAUCACGCAGGCUUGACAACAGAAGAGCGCGACUUGAUCGCCAAUGCCUACGAUGGCGGUGUCUUGAAGAUACUUGUGGCGACGUGUAGUCUCGCUGCGGGUAUAAAUCUUCCAGCCAGGAGAGUCAUUCUUCAUAAUGCGCGCAUGGGCCGAGACUUGGUCGGCCCAUCCAUGCUCCGUCAAAUGCGCGGCCGCGCGGGAAGAAAGGGGAAGGACGAAGUCGGCGAAACCUACUUGUGUUGUCGUAAAGAUGACCUGAAAGAUGUUAUUGACCUCAUGGCUGCCGAAUUGCCCCAAAUCUCAAGUGGUCUAACAACGGACAAGCAUCGCAUACAACGAGCACUGCUGGAAGUCAUCGCCAUCAGACUGGCGAACUCGAGAGAUACCGUGGAUGAUUAUAUGCAUAAGACUAUGCUGAACCACUCCACGACCCCUGACAUCAUAGAAUCUCAUGUUGAAUCCAGCCUACUGGAUUUAACCAAGAUGGGUUUCAUCCAGUGUGACGAGUCUGGUUCAUAUUCUGCGACGCAGCUCGGCAGGGCAGUUGUUUCUUCGUCGCUAGAACCGGAGGACGGCUCGUUCAUCCACCGUGAGAUGCAGCGAGCACUACGAGCCUUUGUGAUGGAUGGAGAAAUGCAUAUUCUCUACACCUUCACACCCGUGCAUGAAAUGUCUGUCACUGUUAAUUGGCAGGUUUUCAGAUCAGAGAUGGAUCGCCUCGAUGAGAGUGGGCUCCGCGUUAUGACCUUCCUCGGCCUAAAACCGACACAAGUCAACAAAAUGGCACAAGGUGGAGUACUCAGAGAAAGGACCGCUGAGGAAAAGGAGGUGGCUCGGAUCUACCGUAGAUUCUACCUUGCCCUUCAACUGAGGGAUCUCUGCAACGAGAAACCAAUUCAUGUGGUCUCUCAAAAGUACGAUGUCCCACGGGGUGCUGUUCAAACCCUUGCGCAAACCUGCCAGGGGUUUGCUGCUGGAAUGAUUAAAUUCUGCGAGCAUAUGAGUUGGGGGGCCAUGGCAGCCAUACUUGAUCACUAUUCGGAUAGAUUAAACGCGGGAGCCAAGUCAGAUUUAUUGGCGCUAUCAAAGAUUGCAUUCGUCAAAAGUCGGACCGCAAGAGUUUUCUACGAAAAUGGAUUCAAAACGGUGGCGGCAAUUGCGAAUGCGGAGCCGAAGGAACUUGUACCGAUUCUUAUACAGGCACAACCAAACAAAUUGAGGCUCAAAUCGAAGGAUGAGCAGAAAUAUGAAGAAAAGCUUCUAGUCAAAGCAACAGUGAUCACAGAAUCUGCGAACCGACUUUGGCAAUUGGAGAUGAUGCAACAGGUCUACGAAGAAGAAUAG